AUGACUCUUCACGGAAGUUGCAUGUGCGGUGCUACCACUUAUACCUCACCCUCUGAGCCUCUUGUAACGGCUCUCUGUCACUGUGUUGACUGUCAGAAGUGGACAGGUGGUGCGUUUACCUCCAAUGUUGUGGUGCCAAGGGAUACCUUCAAGGUCACCAAAGGAACCCCAAAAUUCUGUGACAUUGCAGGUGCAAGUGGCAAAAAUAACAGACAUUUUUUCUGCGGAAACUGCGGAUCAAGCCUUUUCACCGAGUUGGACAUUAUGGGUGACAAGACUGUCAUCAAAGCUGGCACUCUAGAUAACGGAGAGGCAAAUCUGCGCAACAGAGUCGACGUCGAGUUCUACGUUAAAGACCGCAUUUCCUACCUUGGUGCGGUUGAUGGUGCUAAGCAGGAGCCUCACUUUGGCUGA